GAAACUAUCCCUCCCCUCCAUCAAGACGCACAAGACUCUGAACCAAAGGAUAUCUUGGCCUCCCUACUGAAGCUCGGAUCUAUGUAAUGAUUUAUCCCACAUCAUGAUCCCAUAUUGAAACGAAACUUAGAAAGAUUUAGACAACAAGUGGAUAGAUUUGUUCAGGGACAUCUGCGUUGGCGUCAAACAUGCGCAAAAAUUCACGCCAUCAAAGCAGAGAAUCACCGUAAACGGAAUGAGCGUUUCUCACGUGAAGUCACCCUGAUUGUUUGUUUUUAAAGGAAGCGACAAGCAUAUCGACUCCGAAAAUAUCCGCAACCAAGAGACAGAAGUGGGAACGAACGCUGACAUCCACAAAAUAUCUGGAAAUACGGUGUCCUGAGCCAUGGGGGCCUUCUUGGACAAACCGAAGACCGAGAAACACAAUGCUCAUGGGGCGGGCAACGGCCUGCUCUUUGGCCUGAGUAGCAUGCAGGGCUGGCGGGUAGAGAUGGAGGAUGCACACACGGCCGCAGUGGGUCUGCCUCACGGCCUGGACGACUGGUCCUUCUUCGCGGUGUACGACGGUCACGCUGGCUCCCGCGUGGCCAACUAUUGCUCCAAACACCUGCUGGAGCACAUCAUAACCAGCAGCGAGGACUUCCGUUCUGGCCCCGACUCUGUGGAGGGUGUUAAAGUCGGCAUUCGUUCCGGCUUCCUGAAGAUCGACGAGUACAUGCGCAACUUCUCGGAUCUACGUAACGGCAUGGACCGUAGUGGCUCCACGGCGGUUGGCGUGCUGGUGUCCCCUGAGCACCUCUAUUUCAUCAACUGCGGAGACUCGCGUGCCGUGCUAAGUCGUGCCGGACAGGUCCGGUUCUCCACACAAGACCACAAGCCGUGCAAUCCACGUGAGAAAGAGCGCAUUCAGAACGCAGGAGGUUCUGUGAUGAUCCAAAGGGUGAAUGGUUCUCUGGCAGUGUCUCGCGCACUGGGGGACUAUGACUACAAGUGUGUGGAUGGAAAGGGCCCCACUGAGCAGCUGGUAUCUCCGGAACCAGAGGUGUACGAAAUCCCACGCGUUCCAGAUGAGGAUGAAUUUGUGGUGCUCGCCUGCGAUGGUAUCUGGGAUGUGAUGACUAAUGAGGAGCUGUGUGAUUUUGUACGGUCUCGGCUGGAGGUGUGGGAUGAUUUGGAGAAGAUCUGCAACUCUGUGGUGGACACCUGUUUACAUAAGGGAAGCCGAGACAACAUGAGUGUUGUUCUAGUAUGUUUUCCCAAUGCCCCGAAAGUAUCAGAGGAGGCUGUCAAAAGAGAAGCUGAGUUGGACAAAUUCCUGGAGGCUCGUGUGGAAGAAAUCAUGGAGAAGUCUGGGGAGGAAGGCAUCCCAGAUCUAAGCCACAUCAUGCAUAACCUUCGCCCUGAGAGCAUCCCCAACCUGCCACCAGGAGGUGGUCUCGCUAGCAAACGUAGUGUAAUUGAAGCUGUUUACAACAGGCUAAACCCACACAGAGAAGAAGAUGGGGACAGCCAGGGGGGAGCAGCCGGCGGUGAGGAGGAAGAAGGUGGCUCUGCUACCGCCCAACUGCUGGAUGCGCUACGACAGUUCCGGCUCAGCCACCGAGGCGAAUACCGCCACGUGCUGGAGCAGGCGCUCUCCAGUUACCGACUGUCCUGCGGGACAGGUGCCACGACACGGACCGACCCUCAGGAGGAACCUCGCUCUCCCCCACCGUCCCCGGCCACUGAACCCCUCGGCUCUGAGGAGGGGCAGGACGAAGCCUCCACGUCACCAUCUCUGGACAAGCUCUCUGACGCCCCCACUGCAUGACCCUGAUUAGGAUCCACUAAACCCAGCCCUGCUAUCAAACCCUUUUCCCCAGAUUGCUAGGUUGCUUUUGGCAAUGUUCCCCAAACUGAUCAGUUUCAGAGCAGGUUUUUGGUUGUCUUUGUGGAUUUGAAAUGGCACCUUGGGUGUUUUUGUUUAGUUUGUUCACGGUAAAAGUCGCUUACAGAGGAAGUUUUGCGCAAAAUUCUUAUCACUAAAAACCUGCUCUGCAACUGCAAGUGAGGUUGACCUUGGCAUAUCCCAGCUCUGUCUGCAGUAAGCACUUUCUCGUAUCUCUGCACUUAGCCUAGUGUUUUUAAAAUUAGACCCGGAUGAGUAAUCUGUUGAAGGGGGAUAAUUCAUCCUAAUGUCAAAAUUGUCAUUUACUCACUCUCAAUGUCAUUCCAAAUGACUUCUAUGGAACACAAAAUAAAAAUUUUGGAAAAUGUUUUCAUUUUUUAGUUUUGUCUAGUUUUGUUGUGUGUGGUUUUGUUUUGUCCUCAUAAUGAAAGUCAUGUUUUUGACAUCGUUUUUGUCUUUCAUUGCAUAGAGUAAAACUAUUCUUUUAAAAAAAUAUAUAUUUUUUGUGUUCUGCAGAAGAAAGUUAACAUUUUUGGGUGCACUGUCCCUUUAAGGAAAUUUGAAAACUGAAUGAUUUGACCAUCACUGUUUCAAACCCAAAGAGUUUACUUAUGCAAGUAGUUGUAAGAGGGGACAAUCUGGGUUGUGCCAAGAAUACACACAACUGUUUGCUCUCGUGCCAUGCAAUGCAUGUGUACUCCUUUUUCCUGGGUUGUCUCGUGGUUGAUCAUAGUUAUAGGAUAUUAACGUACUGUAGUUAAAGAUCAGUUACAGCUUUAAUUGUGCUCUUGAUCUUGUGUGUGUGUGUGUGUGUGUGUGAAUCAAAUGUUUGAAAUACUAUUAUGCAAAAUGAUUAACUGAUCAAAAGCAAUUCUUUCACCAUUUAAAAUGGAACUCUAAAGCGGUGUGUGUGUUUAUCUGCUCUCUCCAUAUCUCAUUCAUAUCGGUUUAUAACUUGAGCUGACCUCUUGAAUAUGAUUGUCCUGUGUCUGCUCUUUGAGUGUUCACAGUUAUCCGAGUGUGUCCUUGAGGAAAAAGCACAAAAUGGAAAUGCACUGGUUUAUAAGCAUGGACCAUAUGAGACCUAACAGAAGCUUACACAAUCACGUUCUUGCGAACUCUCAUUUGUCCUGUUGUGCAUAUUACAUUUGCAAUAUAAAAGUGGACUGCAUUACAUAUAGGAGUGCAAUCUUCAAGUUAGGCAACGCUGCUACAUGAUCAUGAAUGUCUGUACUCUGCAGUAUUUGCACAGUGCUUCUUUUUGCACUUAUCUUAUUUUUAUGACCCAGGUUUUUGGAAAGCAAGUUUCUGUCCACAUGGAUUGUGUGUCAUAUCGCAAGAAAUCUGUUCCAAACUGCUUUUGUGAUGUGUUUUCUUUGGCUGAUUUAUCAAGCCAUUUGAAGCUGAUUACUUUGCUGAUUUGGAAGUUAAUGCAUAAUACAAACUGUGUAAUCUUCUUAACAGUUAGAGUGAGUGCAUGCAUAAUGCUGCCAUUGUUAUAUUCAACUCAUGUUACUAAUAUACCCCCUCAGCAGUAUCAAAGAGCUUUACUUAAUUGUCCCUUAAGCAGUAUUUCCAGGGCAAAGGUUUAUAUUUGUUUUGUUUCACUCUGAAGUUCUUUUGAACAAAAUAAAUCAUAUUCUAUAACUAUUGA